GCGCGCGUAGUAAGACCAUCUCGUCUGACAUAAACAACAUGGCGACGUCCUUACAGCGCCUUACGUUUGUUGGGAGCAGUCUUUUAAAACGGAAUUUAUUGAAGACAAACGUCUUAACCAGGUCCCUAGUUGGAUCACGCAGACUAUUAGCUACCCAGGCCGCCAACCAAGUGGUGUUAAAUGUCCCUGAAACCAAGGUUACCACGUUAGAAAAUGGACUACGUGUAGCAUCCGAGGAUUCUGGUUUGUCGACGUGCACAGUCGGUCUUUGGAUAGAUGCCGGAAGUCGUUAUGAGAAUGAGAGAAACAAUGGCACAGCUCAUUUUUUGGAACACAUGGCGUUCAAGGGUACAAGGAAGCGGUCACAGCUUGACCUGGAACUGGAGAUUGAAAAUAUGGGGGCCCACCUAAACGCGUACACCUCCAGGGAGCAAACUGUGUAUUAUGCCAAAGCAUUCUCGAAGGACCUUCCCAGAGCGGUUGAGAUCCUGGCAGACAUCAUUCAGAAUAGCACUUUGGGAGAAGCGGAGAUUGAGCGAGAGCGAGGGGUCAUCCUCCGAGAGAUGCAAGAAGUGGAGACCAACUUGCAGGAGGUGGUGUUUGACUACCUACAUGCCACUGCUUACCAAGCCACAGCACUGGGCAGAACCAUCCUGGGCCCUACUCAGAACAUCAAAAGCAUUAACAGAGGAGACCUUGUUGAAUACAUCACUACGCACUACAAAGGACCCAGAAUUGUUUUGGCUGCUGCUGGAGGGGUUUCGCACAGUGAGCUCAUCGAUUUGGCCAAGUACCACUUUGGGAAUCUACCUGCCAAAUACAAGGGAGAGGCCCCGUCCUUCCCGCUGUGUAACUUCACUGGAAGUGAGAUCCGGGUUCGUGACGACAAGAUGCCCCUAGCACACAUUGCCGUUGCCGUGGAAGCAGUAGGCUGGUCGCAUCCCGAUACCAUUCCCCUUAUGGUGGCGAACACGCUCAUCGGCAACUGGGACCGCUCCUUUGGUGGCGGUGUGAAUCUUUCCAGCAAGCUGGCACAGAUGGCCUGCCAGGGAAACCUGUGCCACAGCUUCCAGUCCUUCAACACCUGUUACACCGACACCGGGCUGUGGGGACUUUACAUGGUGUGUGAGCCCGGCACCAUCAACGAGAUGAUGCACUUCACCCAGCUGGAAUGGAUGUCUCUCUGCACAAGCGUGACUGAGGGUGAAGUUGCAAGAGCGAAGAACCUCUUAAAGACAAACAUGCUCCUGCAUCUUGACGGAUCAACCCCCAUCUGUGAGGACAUUGGCAGACAAAUGCUUUGUUACAGUCGCAGGAUCCCACUGCACGAACUGGAGGCCAGAAUUGACGCCAUAGAUGCAAAGACCAUCAAGGACGUGUGUACAAAAUACAUCUAUGAUAAAUCUCCUGCCAUCGCAGCAGUUGGACCUAUUGAACAGCUUCCAGACUACAACCGAAUUCGCAGUGGGAUGUACUGGAUGAGAACCUGAGAAUUGGCACUAUCAAUAACUAGGAACGUAAAUAACAGCAAACCGCCAACUGUACAGUAUAUAAACAAGUCAACCUUUACAAACAGA